CUGAGAUGUAGCCUCUCGAUGGCAGGUCCUAUUUCUGCACACUCACAACCCCACAAUGAUGAGUUUCUCUAACAGUUUCUGAAACCAAUAUUCACAAAUCAAACUACCUCCUCUCUCUCUAAUCAUUCCAAAACCGUUUGGUUAUAUGCAUGUGUGUGUGUGUGUGUGUGUUUACACCCACACUCGCUCGCUCACUGAGAAGUCACAAGGGAUCGGAGAAAUCGCGAUCAUCAACAAAAUCGUUUUCCAAUCACUGCCAUGGAACGUUUCAGAACUGUCUCUGUUACACCAUUGUUGCCAUUAGUCUCUGAUCAAGUUCCGCCUUCUUCUUCUUCUGAUGAACCUGUUGUUGUUGUUGCAAUGGCCGAGACGGGGAAAACCCCCGGCAAGCGUGCUAGUAGUACACAAAUGGGUGGUCUAGAGAGGAGCGACCUUGUGUUGGAGCGUGAUCGAAGGAUGAAGAUGAGUCACAUGUUCAAUGAGCUUCAAUCCACCGUUCCUGGUCUCUUUCCCAAGGCUACGAGGGAAGUGAUUGUGAACGAAACAAUAAACUAUAUCAAAGACCUUGAGAAGAAGAAGAAAAGAUUGGAAGAGCUUAAGGGGUUAAUAAUGGAACCAGAAGAAGCUGGAGGGAAGUUGAUGCUUCCAUGUUCAAGCAACAAGAAUUCCUCCAUCACAGUCUCUGUAUCUGGAAACGUUGCCUUCUUUGGGGUUCAAUCAAAAGCUCGAUUUGGUUUGAUCACAAUGAUCUUCAAGGUGUUCUAUAAGCACAAUGCUGAAAUUUUGGCUGCGAAUGUUUCUGUCAACAAUGGAGAAUUGACAUUGGCAAUCACGGCUUUGUUAGUUAAUGAUGAUGGAAAUGUAAUUGCUGAGAAGAUCAAGAGAGAGAUUUUGGGUUUGUAGAUUCAAGGUUUGAUUGUUUUUUAUUUUUCAAUAUAGUUAUACACAGAGAAGAAUCAAUGUUGGAGUUUGAGUAGAGAGACAAGUAGCCCCUCAGUGGCAGUGAGAAAUAA